AUUUCUGCUGGACUAACGCUCCAAAACCGCCUCUUCAUUCGCAUAAAUCACUAAAAUAAGGCGCCUUGAUGCUUGUCGCCAUCUCACUGGUUCCAUCCUUUGUUUGCGCCGUUUGGCUCAGUUUCACUUUAGCUUGUUGGCUUAAAUAAGUUUCACUUUAGCUGCAUGGCGCAUAGAGUCUAAAACCAUAUUCGACUUGCGAAAAUCUUGCAGUAAAAGAUGUCAUUUGCAGCAGUAGUUUAGCCAUGUCAGUUGGCAGCCAACUUCCAACAAAAGGGUGCUGUUUUUUAUUCAAAAAUUCAUCCUUGUUUUGUUGUGCAGAUGAUGAUGAGAUCAAGUUGCUGUUGCUGUUGCUGCUGCUCUAUAAAAAAAUCAGAGUUUCCAGUCGUUACGCAUUUGCGGAUCACUCCAAAACAACCUGAUCUUGGGAAUAAACUAAUCACAGAAAGUAUUAUAUUAAGAUGCAAACAAAGCACAAAUAAUUGAGAGGAAUUUUGCAGGAAUUGUAUACAGUCCUCACCCUUCCAAUGUCCAUAUAUAAAUUGCAAAUGGAUUCAUCGAUGAAUCUCACGUGCAAUCCACAUGCGAAACACGAGCCUUUUUAAGCGAUGCACAAGCUGAUCACCUGCAUAAUUAUCUCAUGGAUGAAUUCAUGAGCUCAAAGACAAACAUUUCCACUAAGAACACGAACAAACUACUCCAACCGCAGCUGAAAUCAACAUCAUCAUCAGCGCGCAGAUUUGUUGGCGUAAGACAAAGGCCUUCCGGAAGAUGGGUUGCUGAGAUCAAAGACUCGUCUCAACGGGUUAGGCUAUGGCUAGGAACUUACGACACGCCAGAAGAAGCUGCACGUGCAUACGACGAGGCAGCCCGCGCACUGCGUGGAGAGAAUGCGCGCACAAACUUCGCUGCUGAAAACACCAUCCCCGACUCUUCAAGCUCAAAUGGAUUAAAUGGAUCCGAAUCCGAGGCCAGGCAUGGCCUCAGCUUUUCUUCCUUGAAAGCUAAGCUAAGCAAGAAUCUGCAGAGCAUCAUGGCCAAGAACUCGGAGAAUAAGCCUUCGAAGAGCAGAGUUAGCGAUCACUUCACCUUCGCCAGCAUCUUCAACUUUAGAGGCAAUCAUCACUACCGCGACAGCCCCUUCGACAUGAAACGAAUGGAAAAAGCCGUGCAGCCGAGUGUCAUUGUGCCUCAUAUAUUCGACGACUCGACUUCUUGGGAAAACUCAAGCCUUUCCGACUACAGCAGCGAAUGGACUGCUAGUCUCCAGCACCAUUGCAACCUCGACUCCGAUGGAUCGGGGAUUAGCGAUUAUCACGGAUGCGGCGAUCAGACAACAGCCACAAUAGGGUGGAUUAGCAGCCCGGAUGCAACGAUCACAGCCGUCGACACUGGCGAAGGAUCGAGGAGCAAGAGAUUCAAAGUAUCCUCCUCUGUUGUGGUUCCUCGAACGUUUAGUGAAUCUCCACGCCACGCUCAUCACUAGUUCUGUUACAGA